GCGGGUGGGUUAAUAGGGGAUAAGUAUUAUUGGGAUUGCGGAUUGUGGUGGUGUUCAGUUAGAGUUUUGGCCGUCGUGGAGGGGGACGAUGCAGCUACACUUCUCACCUAGCAUGAGAAGUAUAACGAUAUUGAGCAGCAAUGGGGUUUCUGACUUGAUGAAGGUCAAGGUCGCUCGCCAAAUCUCUUACCGUACACUGUUCCACAGCAUCCUCAUCCUCGCUUUCUUGUUGCCGUUCGUCUUCAUUCUCACUGCGGUUGUUACCCUAGAAGGUGUCAACAAAUGCUCCUCAUUCGAUUGUUUAGGUAGGCGAUUGGGACCAAGGCUUCUUGGUAGGGGUGAUGAUACAGGGCAGAGACUGGUUAGAGACUUCUACAAAAUUCUCAAUCAAGUGAACACCGAGGAAAUCCCAGCUGGCCUAAAGCUCCCAGGGUCAUUUAGCCAACUUGUUUCUGAAAUGAAAAACAUCAAGUACAGUGCAAAGGAGUUCGCAUUGAUUUUAAAGGGCAUG